AACACCGUUCAGAAUGAAGUUGCUGCUCAUAGGGCUGGUUUGUAUACUUAGUGGGGCCAUGAUGGUUUCCGGCAAUUACAAGAUGAUGCCGAUGAGUUAUGGCUAUUCUGGCGGCGGUGUAGGCAAUGGAUUCAGCUCCGGAUCAGGAGGUUACGGGUUUAGUGGAAUAUUUGGGAUGCUAAUAUUCUUAUUUAUAUUCAUUAUAUUCAUCCGAGUAUUGUUUGGUUCGGGUGGAGGCUUCGGUUCUAUCGGUGGUGGUAACAUAGGUUACGGGGGAUAUAGUGGCAGUGGCUAUUACAAAGGUGGAGGUCACGGCAGUCACAGCAGCCACAGUAGUCAUAGUCACGAUAAUGAUUAUUGAUAGAGAUACAC